AUGAUAGUAGAUAUGGUUAAGAAGGAAAAGUUAUUUGCAUCACAAGGAGGUCCAAUUAUCCUUGCUCAGAUUGAAAAUGAGUAUGGAAAUGUGAUUGGAUCGUAUGGAGAAGCGGGUAAGGCAUAUAUCCAGUGGUGUGCAAACAUGGCUCAAUCUCUUGAUGUUGGUGUUCCGUGGAUCAUGUGUCAACAAGAUGAUGCUCCUCAACCUAUGUUGAACACAUGCAAUGGUUUUUACUGUGACAACUUUGUACCAAACAACCCCAACACUCCUAAGAUGUGGACUGAGAAUUGGACCGGAUGGUAUAAGAAUUGGGGAGGGAAAAAUCCUUACAGAACAGCCGAAGAUGUUGCAUUUGCUGUUGCAAGGUUCUUUCAAAGAGGAGGAACUUUUCAGAAUUACUACAUGUAUCAUGGAGGCACCAACUUUGACAGAACCUCAGGUGGUCCAUAUAUCACAACUUCAUAUGAUUACGAUGCUCCUCUUGAUGAAUUCGGUAAUUUGAACCAACCAAAAUACGGACACUUGAAACAACUUCAUGAUGUUCUUCACUCUAUGGAGAAAACUCUCACCCACGGGAAUAUAUCUACCAUUGACUUUGGAAACCUAGCUACGGCAACGGUUUACAAAACAGAAGAAGGAUCAAGCUGCUUCUUUGGAAACGUAAAUGAAACUUCAGAUGCAAUAAUCAGUUUCCAAGGAUCUUCUUACGUUGUCCCUCCUUGGUCCGUUAGCAUUUUACCGGAUUGCAAAACUGAGACUUACAAUACCGCUAAGGUUACCACUCAAACUUCGGUGAUGGUUAAAAAACCAAAUGAAGCUGAGGAUGAGCCUACAACUCUUAAAUGGUCAUGGAGACCAGAGAACAUGGACAGUUUUCUUUUGAAAGGAAAAGGAGAAUCUACAAUGAGACAAUUGUUUGAUCAGAAAGUAGUAAGCAAUGACCAAAGUGAUUACCUUUGGUACAUGACUACCGUUGAUCUCAAAGAGAAAGAUCCAGUUUGGGGCAAAAACAUGUCUCUUCGUAUCAACAGUACUGCUCAUGUUCUUCACGCUUUUGUCAAUGGACAACAUAUUGGUAAUUAUCGCGCGGAGAAUGGAAAGUUUCAUUACGUUUUUGAGCAAGACGCAAAAUUUAACGUCGGUGCUAAUGUCAUUUCUCUGCUUAGCAUAACCGUAGGCCUUCCGAACUAUGGUGCUUUCUUCGAAAACGUACCGGCCGGAAUCACAGGACCGGUUUUUAUAAUUGGAAGAAAUGGUGAUGAAACCAUUACAAAGGACUUGUCUGGUCAUAAAUGGAGCUAUAAAACCGGUUUAAACGGGUUUGAGAACCAACUCUUCAGUGCACAGUCACCUUCCACAUGGUCAGGUGAAAGCGUACCGUUCAACCGAACCAUGACUUGGUACAAGACUACUUUCAAGGCUCCUUUGGGAAAUGAACCAGUUGCUGUCGAUCUCUUGGGACUUGGAAAAGGUACGGCUUGGAUCAAUGGCAACAACAUUGGACGUUACUGGCCAGCUUUUCUUUCAAGUGAAGAUGGUUGUGCCGCCGAAUGUAAUUAUAGAGGGACUUACUAUGCUGAAAAGUGUCAAACCAAUUGUGGAGAACCUACUCAAAGAUGGUACCAUGUUCCUCGUUCUUUCUUGAACUCGGACGGAGACAACACGCUGGUUUUGUUUGAAGAGAUUGGAGGAAACCCAUCCUUUGUCAAUUUCCAGACUGUUAGAGUAGGAAGUGUCUGCGCAAAUGUCGACGAGAAGAACGUUCUUGAGCUUUCAUGCAAUGGAAAACCCAUUUCCGCCAUCAAAUUCGCCAGCUUUGGUAACCCAGGAGGCAAAUGUGGAUCCUUUGAAAAGGGAACUUGUGAAGCAAGCAAAGAUGCAGCAGAUAUUCUCACUGAUGAAUGUGUUGGAAAAGAAAAGUGUUCCAUUGAUGUUUCCGAGGAUAAGUUUGGAGCACCAGAAUGUGGUGGUGCUACUAGGAGACUCGCCGUCGAAGCUAUUUGCUAG